AACUUCUGGAGAGAUGAAGAGAAAUAGGUGGCAAGGUAGAAGAAACCAUGAACAGCAUAAUCAUAGACGAAUGCGUAAUACCCAGCCUUAUAUGGUAUUCCACCAUCAGCAUUCUACUGAAAGGCCUGAACAAAGAGAAUUGCAAAGCUUGCAGAACUCAGGUAGAAGCCAAACUGAAUCACCUUCUGCAUCUUCCCAUUCACGCCAAAGUUCUUCAGUUCCAGAAUUACCAGGAUUUUAUUAUGAUCCUGAAAAGAAUCGCUAUUUUCGUUUACUUCCUGGGCAUAACAACUGUAAUCCUCUCACCAAGGAGGGUAUUCAUCAGAAAGAGAUGGAAAGGCAAAGGUUAAAACUUUUAAAAGAGGAUGAGAAAAUGGUAAAGAAAACACCUAGAUCUGGGCUGAACUCUUCAAUUAUCUUACGCAAGAAGCAAUUAGGUUUUUAUAGUUCUAUCACUUAUUGCAGGCUGAUUCAUGAAUUAAAGGUGAAUUGCAUGCAGAGAAGAAAAUUAGAAAUUGAGAACCUCAAUUCUUCAGUUUCUGGAAGCAACAAUUUUAAACUAAUUGUGGCAGACACUGCCUCAGAGAGAAUAAUCACUGUGAGUGAGGCAGAACGAGGAGGAUGUAAAUAUGGAAUUGUCGACCUCAGUGGUUUGGGAAAGAAUUCUCUUACCGUAGAGAUGUAUGAUAACCCAUGUUUCACAAAUCGGAAGGUGAAUUCUGUGUGCUGGGCCUCUUUGAGUCAUCUGGAUUCUCAUGUUUUAUAUCCUUGUUGUUAAAUAACGGAUUUGUGUCUCAUGGGUGUUGCAGAAAACUUAGGGUGUGCCAGCCUGCUCCCAGCUUCCUUCUUCAACACCUCUAACACAGGAGAUCAGUGUGGAAUAUCAUGGAGGUUCAACAUCUCCACAGCCUGGUCUUGUGCCUGGUGUCAUAACCCUCAGGCGAAUAACUGCUUUAGCACAGGUUUAAGUCGACGAAUCGUUGUUACUAAUGCAGUGACUGGUCAUCAUCAAACAUUUAAUACCAACAGUGAUGUUCUAGCACAGCAAUUUGCCACCCAGUCUCCAGUUUUGUAUAAUGGUUGUCGUUCAGGAGAGAUUUUCAGUAUUGAUGUCCGUCAAUGCAACCAUAAAGGGGAAAAAUGGAAAGCUGGGCAAUUCUUGCAUGAUUCAGCAAUCACAUCUGUUAAUCUCCUGAAAAGUGAGCAGUAUCUCUUGGCUGCAGAUAUGUUAGGCCAGAUAAAGCUCUGGGACCUGAGACAACUAAAAUGUGUAAAAGAAUAUAGCGGUCAUAAAAAUGAGCACACUAUUCUUCCUUUGCACAUCAAUGAGGAGGAAGGGCUUCUUUCAGCAGUGGGUCAAGACUGUUAUACGCGAAUUUGGAGUCUCCAGGAUGCUCAUUUGCUACGAACUAUUCCAUCUCCAUCUCCAUCCUCCAGAGAUUCUAUUCCAAAUGUGGUGUUCUCGUCACAGCUUGGAGGUGUCCGAGGUGUUCCUGGCUUGCUUAUGGCAGUCAAACAAGAUCUCUACUAUUUCUCCUAUAAGACAGAUGAUCCAUAUUGCCUGGAUAUUAAAAACAUGGACUGUUCUACCUUGCAUAGUGACUGAAAACAAGAAUGAUGGGUCUAGUUGUGCUGUAGUUCCCAUAGUUAACAUUCGGAAUUCUUACAAUUAUCAAUAUUUUUCAGUUAAA